UGUGAUUCUGCUACUAAUUCGGGCCUGUAACCUUGACCGGCUUGGGCGUUCCUGUAACUCUCCACGCCUGGUAUAAAAGGUGGAGACCCUGAGGUUUCAGGACCCCUGUGAGCCCCGGAGCUGAGGAGACAGAGCAGAUUCAUCUCAAAGGGGAUGAACAAUCAGUACGCCCGCCGCCGGGAGGUCUUCUGCGGGAACACCUGCCACGAUCUCAAGCGCUUUUGGGAAAGAGAGAUUGGCAAACAAACCUACUACAGGGAGUCGGAGGAAUAUCGUCUGGGAAGGAGCGCACUGAGAAAGCUUAGAGAAGAAUGGAAGCAGAGGCUGGAAACAAAGCUAAGGCUACGGAACAAUCCAGACGAGACUGAAAGGCGGGCAAAUGUUGGCUGAGAGCUUCCUGCUCCACUGACCACAGAGGACACAAAGCACUGAGGUCACGCUGCUGGAAGUCAACUCAAAUCCCCAAGUCCCUUUGCCUUGCGGUUGGAUCCCUGCAAAGGGGGUUCCCUGCCAAUCCUCUCCCAAUGCGCAUGCGCCUCAUUUGCCGAGUCAGUCUUCUUCGUGUCGGGGGCAAGUUUUUAUUCCAAGUGGCUCUGAAGAUGAGCUUAUUUAUAAUCAAGGCUCCAGGCAGCAUUCUUAACUUUUACAUAAUUAUCUUCUAAUUUUUUAAAAAGCCCCACCUAUUUCAACUUCUUAGCAUCCCAGAAGGGGUUCCCAACCUUCAUGGUCAGAGUAUAAACAUGGUCCAGGGGCUGGGGAGAUAGCUCAGUUGGUAGAGUGCUUGCCUCACAAACCAAAAAUAAAUAAAUGAAUAAUAAAUAGAAAUGGCACAGGAGUUUCACUCCACCAUCCCGCCUAGGAAACAAUUAUUUCAGGUAAUCCUUUCUCUUGUUCUCUUUCGAUGCAAAGAGAAAUCGCACCUCUCUGCAGAAAUAAAGAUAAUUUCAAUAGUCAUAAAUAAGGUUUGAAAAUACAUUGAUCUUUGUAUGAAUUUGUUUUCAAAAAAAUUGUCUCUCAAUACUAUCAGGAUCCUUUUAAUACAAUUCAGUGUCUUGGUGU